UCUGAGUGAGUGCCUGCGGUUGCCGGCCUCCCAUCCUAACCGGGCCCGGAACUGAAGGCGACCCCAGCCUGGAGCACCCCCAUCCUCGGCCUCUCGUCCCUGAGCGGGGCAUGAGGCGGUGACGGAGCCCGAGGGCGCCGCGCGGGGCCUGAGGCGGAGGUGUGUGAAGAGGAGGCUGUGUGCGUCAGUAUGUGUGCGCCGGUCAAGUACAACAUCCGGGGUCCUGCCCUCAUCCCCAGAAUGAAGACCAAGCACCGCCUCUACUACAUCACCCUCUUCUCGGUCGUCUUGCUGGGCCUCAUCGCCACCGGUGUGUUCCAGUUCUGGCCCCACUCCAUCGAGUCCUCCAGCGACUGGGCGGUGGAGAAGCGCAGCGUGCACGACGUGCCGGUGGUCCGGCUGCCGGCCGACAGCCCCCUGCCGGAGCGGGGGGACCUCAGCUGCCGCAUGCACACCUGCUUCGACGUCUACCGCUGCGGCUUCAACCCCAAGAACAAAAUCAAGGUGUACAUCUACUCGCUGAAGAAGUACGUGGAUGACUUCGGCGUGCCGGUCAGCAACACCAUUUCCCGGGAGUACAAUGAGCUGCUCGCGGCCAUUUCAGACAGCGACUUCUACACGGAUGACAUCAACCGGGCCUGCCUCUUCGUGCCGUCCAUAGACGUGCUCAACCAGAACACGCUGCGCGUUAAGGAGACGGCCCAGGCGCUGGCUCAGCUCGCCAGGUGGGAUCGAGGUACGAAUCAACUGUUGUUCAAUAUGUUGCCUGGGGAACCUCCAGAUUAUAACACGGCCCUUGAUGUCCCCAGAGACAGGGCUCUUUUGGCUGGGGGCGGCUUCUCCACAUGGACCUAUCGCCAAGGCUAUGAUGUCAGCAUUCCUGUCUAUAGCUCUCUGUCUGCUGAAGUGGACCUACCAGAGAGAGGACCAGGCCCCAGGAGGUAUUUUCUUCUGUCAUCGCAGAUGGCUCUCCAUCCUGAGUACCGCUCAGACCUGGAGGCCCUCCAAGCCAAGCAUGGGGAAUCGGUGCUGGUCCUGGAGAAGUGCACCAAUCUCUCGGAGGGCGUCCUCUCCACGCGUAAGCGCUGCCACAAGGACCAGGUCUUUGAUUACCCCCAAGUCUUGCAGGUCACAACAGAGGCUGAGCUGAAACGGCGGAGCUCGGCAAGUCAGAGCAGGGGUCUCUCCUCGGAAAUCUCAGGAUUUGGUAGGAGACAGGAUCAGCAGUCUGCUCUGGUGGGCUUGGGAUUUGGCAGAGAUCAGAAGAGGCAGGAAGGGAGGCCAGGUGAGGAGCCAGGAAGAUCAUUGGCAGAGGCACUGGCAGGGCACCGGCAAUUUGGGUUUAAAGUCAGAAGCCAGAAGCAGCUGCUCUGA